CUGCAUUCAGCCAGCCCCGCCACCCAUCUCCGCGUACUUAUCUCCUCCUCCUCCCCUUCCGAGCAGCCCCCUCAGCUCAUCAUCGCUCCUCCUCCGACACGCAGCCCACGUAAAUUGCACCGGCCGAGGCCGAGACACAGGUAACAAAGCCAACAGCGCUAGCUAGCCAUGGCAGGAGCCCGCACCCUGCUCCUCCUCCUCGUCGCGGCGCUCUGCUUAGCCACCGUGAACGCGGCGACGCUGGCGGAGAUCUGCAAGGGGACGGCGUUCCCGGACAUCUGCACCAGCACGGUGGGGCCGGAGGCGGCGAGCAACCCGGUGCUGGACCCGAUGGCGGUGCUGCGGAUGCAGGUGGACGCCUUCAACCAGCGCACGGAGGCGGCGAGGGCGCACGUCAAGGAGGCGGCCAUGACGGCGUCCCCGAAGGCGCGGACGGUGCUGGACCUGUGCAACAACCUGUACCUGGACGUGGAGGACAACCUGGGAGCCUGCCGCCGCGCCAUCGGCUUCAAGGACGCCGUCACCAUCCGCGCCACCAUGGGCAUGGCGGCGCAGGACAUGCAGAACUGCGACGAGCAGUUCAGGCAGAUCGGCGAGCCCAACCCCAUGGAGCAGUUCGACGCGUCGCUCGUCGAGAUGUCCGAGAACUGCCGCUCGCUCUCCAACAUGAUCUGAUCUAGAUCGAGCUCGCUCCGUUGAUCUCCACGGACGACGACGACGACGACACGGCCGGCGCCCGUUGGGCCCUAGCUCGCAUCCAUCGUUGCCGCCGCUGCUGCAACGUUGCACAUUGAUUGACGAUGCGUUAAGUUUAUUUGCUUUGGCCAUCUCACAUUGUUAUUUCCUGUAGAGAUGUGUUACUAAUUUGGUCUCGGAAACGGGGAGGCGAAUUGAGGUGGAAUAUUCAUCUGACUGAUCAUGCUGCUGUACUCUCUUUUUCCUCGUCCUGAAUUUACCAUUUAGUAUCUAUGAUAUGAAGAGAUUUAGGAAUCAUAGUAUAUAUAUACUCCAUAUAGUAUUUGAUCU